AUGUCUAAUACUAGCAGUGGAAAGGGAACAAAAUCCAAGUCCAAUGAGGAGGUAUUCGCAGGUUUUCAAACUCUUCGAAAUGAACAAAGACAAUUAGCAAAUAAAAUUUCAGAAUUAGAAAUGGAUCUAAAUGAGCACAAGAUUGUAAUAGAAACUUUACAAGCAGUGGAGCCAAAACGCAAGUGUUUCCGUAUGAUCGGUGGAGUAUUAGUUGAGCGCACAGUUGCCGAAAUACUACCAGAGCUCGAGACUAACCUGGAAAGGUUACCGAGUGCAAUUCAGACACUUAAUGAGCAACUGGCCCAUAAAGGACAAGAGAUCAAUGAUUAUAUAGAGAAACAUGACAUCCGAGUGCAGCGUGGGGCUCAGCAGCCAACAGAAGCACCCUCACAGGACUCUCCAAAUGCUAAAUCCAAUGUUCUUGUUGCAAGUGGUUAA